AUGACAUCGUUGCGCCGAGCUUUGCAGAAUGCCCUGCCUCUUGCAGAACAUGCAUGCGGCUCAGAUACUCUAAGGUUUUUCGGCUCACAGGAGGCUCACAGGAAGGCUGCUUCUCCAGAAACCCCGCUGAUGCACUACAAAGCCACACAGCAGGCCACCAGUUCCAUCAACCACCGCAUCUUCUAUGUUAACGUGGUGGCUAUGGUGCUUGUGUACGACCUUGGAUCAUCAAUGCUGGACUUCUGA